AACGCGCGAUGGGUCGUGCCACCACAUCCUCUACCGCACCUACUUAUGUCAAACAUCCGGACAACUCCCGGAUGCAUGACCUCGCCCUCUCAACGUCCACAGCGGUGGUUGUGCUCGCGCUCAACGUUUGUAAAGGCUUUUACUCGAUGAGGAAGUUUUUCAACUGAACGCACAAAUUUAUGUGAAGAUUUUUGUACUUUUCAAUGUUACACCUCACAGUUUAAUGUUUCAUAGAUUUGGUAUACUAGAAUAAAUUGUAUGGAAAAUAGCGGAACAAUUUGUAAUGGUGUCAAAACUUCCCUAAAGUGCAUAUUUUGUAUUAAAAACUAAAAAUACUGCUUGGGUUGCACUAAGUAUCGACAAUGGAAUCCUUAAAUACAGAUAAAGAUGGCCUCGACGCGGUGAAAAACUUGCCUCACAAAUGGUUCGAAGACAUGAUUCAUUAUCUCGAGCAUGGCCAUCGACACAAUGAGACCACUAUCGACUUCAGGGAGCCCCAGUUACGGUACUCCUUCGUCACUCUCUACCCUCUCUUCAUGUUCCUUUACUCCCUCAUCGUCGUGAUCGGGUUGUUCUCCAACUGUAUCAUGGUCUACGUGAUCUUCCGCGACGGUCUCUACAAGGACCAAACCUUUUGUUACUUCAUCAACCUCGCCCUCGGGGACAUCGUCAAGUGUGUUUUCGUUCUCCCGAUAUCCUUGAUGGUUCUUCUCAUCCAGAACUGGAUCUUCGGCAGUUUGCUCUGCUACUUCCUGCCAAUGAUGCAGGAUAUACCGAUGCACGUCUCCAUGCUGACGUACUUGCUGAUAGCCUUUGACCGGUUCCGGUACCUUCAGGAUCCUACCAGAGCACGCAUCCCGGCCUUCGUCAUGGCUACUGGGUCCUGGCUCAUGGCACUCUGCAUAGUGCUGCCCUACCCCAUCUACACUACGUAUGUGGACUUAGGGAAGUAUGACAAGGUGCAGCUUCAAGGGGUGGGAAUCUGCGCCGUCAACUUGGCUGACGACAUGCAGGAGUAUGUGCGAGGGUUGUUCUUCGCCAUGUACCUGUUGCCGUUAGUCACCAUCGCCUACUUGUACGUGAGGAUGUCGCGGGAGAUCGAGUUGAAGGAGGGUCCCCUGGCAGUGAUCACGUACGAUGCCCGGUCCCGCACCAACUCCAACGGCAGUCCUCGCAGUUUUGGCCAAGGACAAACCCACUUCAGGUACCGGUCACCCACCGCCAACUUUGACCUGUACGAGACAGAGCUGGACAUUAAGAAGGAGAAGAAGGUACAGCAGUACCUCGUCACCAUGGUGACCGUGUUCGGCAUCUGCCUGUGUCCUCUCAUGGUUCUCAGGCUAGCCAAGUUGGCAGUGGCAGAGACGUACGAAAACACCGGUCACUUCGACCUUACAUACGUGACAUUCGUGUGGUUCGCAUUCCUCCCAGCGUGCACCACACCGCUCAUCUUUCUCUACUGGAGGACUACAAAAUCCACCAAGGAGCGACUACGCGGAUACUUCCGGCUGAGUAACCGACACAUCCGGAGGAGCUGUGAGUCACCGCAGGACCAGCGACCAGGGGAGAUACCUGUGCGCCACACCCGAACGUGUUCGGACUCUGGUCGCAACAGCGAGGGUACCCUCAGCACGACCCCCGUCAUCAACAACUCCUGAUCACCGCUCCUGGCCCGCUAAGGAGGGUCUAGUGUGACAUCUCCCCUGGAUAAAGGAAUGCAGUGAGACGGGUGUUCCCAUAGACGCCUGAGCCCGUAAAUGGGACCACCUGAGUGAAACAAUCGUUGCCGACAAUUUAGUGAAAACCCUUCCGCAACUAGAGACAGCUCUGACAUAUCUGUAUGUCUCUAACAUACAGUGUACUCUACAUCGAUCUGUGUCGCAAGCUCAACUUGUAGAUGUAUUUUUAUAUGUAAUUUAUCAGCUAAUUGCGCGUUGUGUUUUUAUUAAUGUUGCGUGUAAUAUUUACCAAGUUUUUAUGAAAUAGAGAUGUUACCAAUGUUGAUAAGAAUGUUGUAAAAGAACCAAAGAAGUAUACAAUAACUAAUUAUAAUAAGUUUGAUGCUAAUGUGUAUAAUAAACAAGUAUAUAUGUACAGCUAAUUUUGGUUUCAGCCAA